AUGCCCGUCCCGAUGUCUGACUCGGGGAAGAUCACCAUCGCUAUUGACCGCGGUGGCACUUUCACUGAUAUCUGGGCUAGCAUAGGGCGGCCAGAUAUUCAAAAAGCCCCCAGUCGUCCAGACAUCAUCUUGAAGCUUCUUUCUGUCGACCCUUCCCACUAUCAGGAUGCGCCCACUGAAGGCAUCCGUCAAGUUCUAGAGCUGGCCACUGGAGAAUCAUAUCCUCGAGGCCAGCCAUUAAAGCUUGACCGCAUUGAGUGUCUACGAAUGGGCACAACUGUUGCAACUAACGCCUUGCUCGAGCGCAAAGGCGCUCGCUCAGUGCUUUUCACAACGAAAGGUUUCCGAGAUCUACUAAAGAUCGGUGAUCAGUCUCGACCAGCCAUUUUCGAUCUGUCGAUGGCUCGUCCAGGUGUGCUACCAGAGGGCGUGGUCGAAGUCAACGAACGUGUACUCCCUUGCCAUCCUUCCGCCCAUGAAGAAUGUUUCUCCGAUUGUCGCGUCGUCGAGGGCAUCACUGGCGAGAAGUUCCGGGUUGUGCAAGAGCUGGACCUCGUUCAAGUGAAGACAGAGCUCCAGCGAUUAAAGGAGCAAGGCUACCAGUCACUUUCGGUAGCACUAUUACAUUCUUUCGCGUAUCCCGAGCAUGAACGUCAAAUCGGCGAACUGGCCCAGCAGAUGGGAUUCUCUGUUACAUUAUCCUCAAAGCUUCAACCUAUGAUCAAAAUUGUGCCUCGUGGCAUGUCAGCCGCCGCUGAUGCCUAUCUCACUCCCGUUAUCAAGACCUACAUCGACUCCAUCUCUGCUAGCUUUGACGGUGGCCUGGAGAGUCAGCAUGACUGCCGAUUCGAGUUUAUGCAGUCGGACGGUGGACUGGUCGAUUUCCGUAAAUUCAGCGGACUGAAAGCAAUUCUGUCUGGCCCUGCAGCUGGAGUUGUUGGUUUUGCAGCCACCAGCUGGGAUCCUAUCGAACAGACUCCCGUCAUUGGCUUUGAUAUGGGAGGUACAUCCACUGAUGUAUCUCGCUUUGAUGGACACCUGGAGCACGUCUUCGGCUCUAAAGUUGCAGGAGUUCUGAUCCAGUCCCCUCAGCUUGAUAUCAACACUGUCGCUGCUGGCGGUGGAUCUAUCCUGAAUUGGCGCAACGGAUUAUUCUAUGUCGGACCUGAAUCCGCCAGUGCUCACCCUGGCCCAGCCUGCUACCGCAAAGGCGGCCCUCUGACAGUUACCGAUGCCAACUUGUUUUUAGGACGCUUGCUGCCCGAGUAUUUCCCACACAUCUUUGGUCCUAACGAGGAUCAGCCCUUGGACAGGGAGACGACCGCACAGCUUUUCAAUGAUUUGACGCAGAAGAUCAACGUUGAGCGCCGCGAGCAGGGCCAACAAGAGUACACUCCCGAGGAAGUUGCCCUUGGCUUCCUAAAGGUCGCGGAUGAGUCCAUGGCUCGGCCUAUCCGUAAUCUUACGGAGGCGCGAGGUUUCGAGACUGCAUCUCACCAUCUGGCAUGCUUUGGAGGUGCUGGUGGUCAACAUGCAUGCUCGGUGGCUGACUCGCUCGGUAUUUCACGGAUCAUUAUUCACAAAUAUUCCUCAGUGUUGUCGGCAUACGGUCUCGCGUUAGCAGAAGUUGUCAAGGAGGCACAGGAACCGGUAUCAUCCACCUACUCAUCCUCUCAUGCCACUCUUCUUCAACGCUUUGAUGAGAUGGCCGCGGCGGGAACGAAAGAGAUGGAAAUACAAGGCUUUGCGGCCGCACAAGUGCGCCACGAGCAAUAUCUCAACAUGCGCUACGAAGGUUCCGAUACCAGUCUCAUGAUCCUGAAACCCCAGAAUUCAUCAGACUUCCUUGAAGAAUUCCGUGUGCGCCACCGUCGGGAAUUCAACUUCAACUCCGAGCGACCAGUUCUCGUCGAUGACAUUCGCGUGCGCAGUAUUGCUUCGUCCAAGUUGCGAUCGGAACAAAGUCCUUUGGUUCAGUUGAAGAAUGCCAACAUGCGAGACGUCACCACGGCUCCAGCAAAUACCAGCUCAGCUUAUUUCGACGGCUAUUCAAGUCGCUUUAACACACCUGUAUAUCUUCUGGGCGAGCUAGAGAAGCAUUCCCGUAUUCCCGGCCCGGCAGUCAUCAUUGACCAGACCCAGACAAUUGUUGUCGCUCCCAACGCAGUGGCAAAUCUGCUCGAUACCUGCAUCGUUAUUGAUCUCAAAAAUGAGCCAACUGCCUCUCCCACAGGGAACUCUCUUUCAGCAGAGAUUGACCCUAUCAGACUCAGUAUUUUCGGUCAUCGAUUCAUGUCUAUUGCCGAGCAGAUGGGUCGCACCCUGCAGAAGACUUCUGUUUCAACCAAUAUCAAAGAACGGUUGGACUUCUCUUGCGCUCUAUUCUCGCCUGAUGGAGGUCUGGUGGCCAAUGCACCGCAUGUUCCGGUUCAUCUGGGAUCGAUGCAAUUUGCCGUCCGAUACCAGCACCAGAAGUGGCUAGGUAACCUGAAGGAUGGUGAUGUGCUGGUCGCCAACCACCCUAGCUGCGGCGGAACCCAUCUCCCCGAUAUCACAGUUAUUACUCCUGUCUUUGAUCGGCCCGGAGGCUCCGAGAUUAUGUUCUACGUGGCAUCUCGCGGUCACCAUGCUGAUAUUGGCGGUAUCCUACCUGGCUCUAUGCCCCCCAAGUCUACAGAACUUUGGCAAGAAGGUGCUGCUAUCGAAGGAGAUAAGAUUGUUAGUGAUGGCGUUCUGGACGAGGCGCGUCUGGUGGAGCUUCUGGUCACCAAGCCUUCACAAUACCCUGGCUGUGCUGGAGCACGGUGCAUCAGCGAUAACUUGUCCGAUCUCAAGGCUCAGAUUGCUGCUAAUACUCGCGGAAUCAGCUUGAUCCAGACUCUGUUCAACGAGUACGGAACUCAGACCGUACAAAAGUACAUGUAUGCCAUUCAAGCCACGGCCGAGACUGCUGUCCGCAAUCUUCUCAAGGAAUUGUAUCAGAAGUUUGACGGUCGGCCGUUAGAAUCGGUCGACUACAUGGAUGAUGGUACUCCUAUCUGCUUGAAGAUCACCAUCGACGGUACUGAUGGAUCUGCUGUCUUCGAUUUCGAAGGCACUGGCUCCGAGGUAUACGGGAGCUGGAAUGCGCCUAUUGCUAUCACUCACUCCGCUAUCAUCUACUGCCUACGCUGUAUGAUCAAUGCAGAUGUUCCGCUCAACCAAGGAUGCCUGGCCCCAAUUGACAUUCGUGUUCCAUCGCCGAGCAUCUUGUCGCCCACCAAAACUGCUGCCGUCGUGGGCGGUAAUGUUGUUACUUCGCAGCGCAUCACUGACGUUGUUUUCAAGGCCUUCCAGGCAUGUGCUGCCUCCCAGGGCUGUUGUAACAACCUCACUUUUGGUACCGAUCCCAAGGUUGAUCCAUCUACUGGUGCCGUGAUUACUCCAGGAUUUGGAUAUUACGAAACAAUAGCCGGUGGAAGUGGUGCAGGCCCUACCUGGAAGGGCGAGUCCGGCGUACAAGUGCAUAUGACCAACACACGGAUUACCGAUCCUGAAAUCCUGGAGAAGCGUUAUCCGACCAUGCUCCGCCAAUUCACCCUUCGCGAUGGAUCCGGUGGUCAAGGCAAGAACACUGGUGGUGAGGGAGUGAUCCGUGAGAUUGAGUUCUUGUCACCAAUGAAGUGCUCCAUCUUGUCAGAGCGACGCGUACAUCGGCCGUACGGCUUGGCGGGUGGUCAUGAUGCGCAGCCAGGCUUGAACCAGUGGAUCACCCGUGACGACGAAACUGGCGAAGAGCGCCGCAUCAACAUUGGCGGCAAAAACACCGUCUCCAUGAAAACACACGACCGGAUUGUCAUUCAGACUGCCGGUGGUGGUGGCUGGGGUUCUCCUCAGUAA